CCUACUGCUUUCCACGCACCAGUGAAGGGGAACCGGGAAAAUAAUGAUGCAAGAGGGAGGAGUAAGAAGCAGGAGUACGUGCUGGCCGGCAGUCAGCUCUUAUUGUUAUCCUUCUACUUACCCAUAUAUUCUUCUCUUCAUCCUUCAUAAUUUCCCUUCCAUCUUUUUCCUCAUCCUCCUCACCUGUCCUCCUUCCAUCAACUCCCAUGAUGGGUGCUCCAACCCCCCCCUUCUCCCUUCCCUCUACCCCCGUCAGCUGAUCAGCAGACCACGUGUGUUUGUUUACAUCGCGCCGCCGCAUUGAAGGAAACUCCUGUCAAAAGUAAAUACUCAGAGAAAUCAAGAAGGGAAUCAGAAGAGAGGUGAUCCAAGAGCAGUACAGCCCUGAAAAUACCAGUUCCAUCAUUAUUACAAAAGUGAUGAGCGAGGGACAACAGCAGCCCUUGGACCUGUCUGAGGACGCUGCCACCCUGCAGCACAAUGGUGACCUGUCCCAGUGUGUCACCAAGCUUAGGGCGCUGCAGAGACACCUCAUGGACAUUGACAGAUGGCAGCUCAGUGGAUCAGUGUUGUGGAAUGUGUGUGGCGUGAUCCGAGUGGAGGAGGGGAAGUGGAGGGAUGAAGGGGUAGGGCAGCCGCCACUCAGCAGCCUGGAGGUGGUGUCCGCCGCCCUCUGCUGUGUCAGGAAUGCAAUGCCAAACUGUGCCAGGAACCAGCAGCUUGUGGCAGAGACAGAAGACCUCCUGAACCCCAUCAUAUCCUGCAUUCAGUGGACCUUCAAGACACCAGACCCUGCACAGCCAGCAGAGGACCCUCCUGAAGAUUCUGUGAGGGAGGCAGAGAGUGGAGAUGUGGAGGAGGACGAGAGAAGAAAAGCUUACUCCACGCUUGCCAUCUCCUGUGUCACUUGUCUUGGGAAUCUUGUAGCGGCUAACCCAAAAACGAGGAGGAUUGUUUGGCCGCAUUUCAAGUCAUUGUUGGAGGAUGUGCUUGUGUUCUGGGACAAGGAGGUGGCUCAGGCUUCCACAAUGAUCCUACACAACUGUCUUCUGGAGGCCGAGGUAAAGGAGGACCUGUGCAAAUGCCCAGCAGGGAAGGAGGUACUGACACAGCUCCUGACACUGUAUGAAGCAGAGACCAAGUACUCCUGCUUUGUGUUAUUAGCCCUGGAAGUGUUACUGGCAGCUGAGGGUUUUCUGCAGGACGCAUGGGGGGGUCUUCCUGAGGGCCAGCAGUGCCUAUGCCUGGAGGUGGUGGAGGCAGGGCUCACUCACACCUCCAAGCCUCUCUCCAGCCCUCAGGGAACACCUAUUCUCAAGUUCCUGGUGGGGUUCUUCAAGACCCAGGCAGACCGCAUACUGAGGACUCACGCUGACUGGCCUGGCCCUGACUCGGCACAGGUGUUAGCAAAACUGGUCAACUUCACCUGUGCCGUGGCUGCCUCAGACACGUGGCGGCACACCCUGCAGCAGGACAGGAGCCUCCUUGUGACGAGCGUGGCAUUACUACAGUGCAUGCAUGAGAUCGGCAAGAUGGGCAGCAAUGCGUUCACCCCCCUGGACCGCUUCACUGACCUGGAUGACGAGGCGCAGAUGAGUCAGGCCGAGCAGCAUCCAGCGUUUGGGUUCAAGUGUGACCUGAUCCGCCUCAUUGCUAGCCUGGUCCACCUCAAUUCCCCCAAUCAAGACCUGGUGAGAGAGAUGGACGGCCUUCUACUAAUACUGGAAAGCUCAAAAUUCGAUGCAAGGAACCCAUUGAUCAAGGAAGCCUCGAUCUUUGCCCUGAGGAACCUGCUGGAGGGGAACCUUGAGAACCAGCGGUGUAUUGGGGAGCUGAGGAUGGAGGGGGUGGCGGAGAACCCUGGCCUGGCUGAACUGGGGAUGCAGGCUGUGCAGGAGGGGGGGGAAGGUGAGGAUUGUACAGCAGCCUCAUUCACCCAGAGAUUCACCCCCUCCUGAGCUAUGAAGAAUGUGGAGUUCUGAGGCUGUGGAAUGUAGUGGAUGUGUGGAAAGCUUGAGUGUUAGGUAAUACACAUGGGGACCACUGGGAAGACUAGAGCUAGAAUGUGUGGAAGACUUGAGGACUGUCAGGAAAGGUUAGGUUAUGCUAGAGGACCACUGGGAAGACUGAAGACCUGAAGAUGGAAGAUGUUAGAAGAAUAAACACCUAGGAAGCUUGUUGGGGUGGAUCUGUAAGGAAACUAAUGACUUGGAGACAGUAUAAGGAAGAUAUGAAGUGGAGGAACAUAAAGGAAGUUUAAAUUAUGAUAGGAGACCCAUGGGAAGACCAAAGAAGACCUGGAGGCUGUGUGGAUGACAUUAGAGGCAGAAACACUAUCAAUAUACUAUAAGAGGAUCAAUAAAUAAGUGGAUCCUGUUUACAUCCUUUCAAGUCUUUAUAAUCUCUGGAUAGAACACUUUAUAGACGGAGAGAAAGGUCACUGGCAAGAGUAUAAACAAUAGAAGUAAACAUAAUAUUCACCAGUGCCAUCCUAUAUUUAACCUUACAUCCUUAUCACAAAAAAAAAAGGAAAUAUAACCAGGAAGAACAUAUAAUAAGCAAACAUUCACAUCCUUGCCAAUUAUACAUGAAAAAAGGAAGAGUAACAAGAAAAAAACAUACAAUAAAGAGCAAACAAACAUAUCCUUGUCACUUUAUACAUAAAAAAAAGGAAAAGUAACCAGGAAGAAACAAUAAUAAGCAAAACUACAAAUUCUUGCCACCUUAUAUAUGGAAAAAGAGGAGAGCAGCGAAAAAUAAUAAGUUAAUCCACAAACAUCAGCGCCUCAUACUCAUAACCUUCAGAGACCUGCGCUGCGCCUCCACCUCCCUCCGGCGGAACCACUCGGCAUUGCAGUCAUCCACCAACACCACAGAGGAGGCCACCACCUGCCAGCGGUCACUGAACACACCAACACGCCCCAUGAUGUUCACCAAAUCCCCAUGCUUGAUUCUGCGUUUUUGUCUCCUUGUCACGCGCUUCACAAAGGUAGAGAAGUCCUCCUCCAUGUCGUCAUCCAUUAUCAUGGCCUCCUCCUCCUCCUCCUUAUACGUCUCCUUGUGGAAUAGAAUGCAGUAGAUGGUAGCAGUGUUGUCAUCCACUUUCAUUGAGGUGUGUUUGGAUUUGCGCACAAUGCUGGUGAUGGUGCCCAGGAUGUCAACGUACCGCACUUGCUUCCUGCCGAGGUAGAAAGUGCCGUUCUCCUCCUGCAGCUCACCAAUGUACAGUUUACAGUGAGGUGCCACUACGAAACGGCGGACACAUGCUGCCAUGGUGCCGACGGCUGGGCAGGCCU